AUGAGCGCCGCAUCAUCGGCUUCGUCACUUCGCAGGGUCGCUCCGCUGGUCAUCCCUGCCGCAGGUCGCCAUACUGCCACCGUCGUCUUCAUCCAUGGCCUGGGCGACACUGGCCACGGCUGGGCCGAUGCUGUGGGCUUUUGGAGGACACGCCAGUCGAUGAAUGAGAUCAAGUUCAUUUUGCCGCACGCGCCGCAUAUUCCUAUUACCAUGAAUGGUGGCAUGCCGAUGCCAGGAUGGUUCGACAUUAAAACUCUCGUCAAGGGUGCAGAUGAGGAUGGCCCCGGCGUUCUCCAAUCCCGCGACUAUCUGCAUGGCCUCAUUCAGCAGGAGAUCAAGGACGGCAUUCCUGCCGACCGUAUUGUCCUCGGCGGCUUCUCCCAGGGUGGUGCCAUGAGCAUAUUCGCCGGUCUGACGGCCCCAGUCAAGAUUGGCGGCAUCGUCGGUCUCUCGUCGUGGCUUCUCCUCAACCAGAAGUUCAAGGACUAUGUCCCUGACGGCAAUAUCAACAAGGACACCCCCAUUUUCAUGGGCCAUGGUGACCGUGAUCCCCUUGUGCUCUACGACCUCGCCAAAGACAGCGAAAAGGCCCUGAGCUCGAUGGGCUACAGCGUUACUUUCAAGACGUACAGGGGAAUGGAGCAUCAAGCCUGCGCGGAAGAGCUUGGCGACGUCGAGGCUUUCCUCAGCAGCAGAUUACCCCCAAAAGGACAUUAA